CCCCUGCCUAGGGUACUUGGUCCAGAACGCGGGAGAAGCGGAGUCGGAGACCUGGCGGAGGGAGGGCCCGCCGUGGCCGCCUGGAGGACGAACGGACGGGAGAAGAGCGCUCCCGCUCCCGUUCUCCCUCCGGGCGGCCGCGGCGGGGACAGUGGCGUCGGGGGCAGCUCCGGUCCAGUCAUUUCCAGCCCAAGCCUGCUGUUAGCAGCAUGGGGGAGCAGCGUGAGGCUCCCCGUGGAGAACCUGAAGAAGUCAAAAGAGAAAAGAUCCCGGAAGACCCCCGGUGGCUCUCCCGAAGCUACAGCCUUGGGGCCAUUUCCAGCUUCCUGUCUACAUUUGUGACUUUUCCCAUCUACAAGGCUGUGUUCCGCCAGCAGAUCCAUGCUGUGUCUGUCCCGGAGGCUGUCCAUCAACUGCAGCAGGAGGGCCUUCACCGCUUCUACCGGGGAAUCUACCCACCCCUUCUGGCCAAGACCCUUCAGGGGACCCUGCUCUUCGGCAUCCAUGACAACCUGCUCCAAGCUCUCUCUCCCACUGGAUCCUCCAGGCUAUGGCAUCACUGGGUGGCCGGCUUUCUGUCAGGGGCGGUAGAAGCUGUGGUGUUGACCCCCUUUGAACGAGUACAGAACGUGCUUCAAGAUGGACGGAAGGAUGCCCGCUUCCCCAGCACCUCCAGCAUCCUACGGGAAUUCCACUCCUACGGCUUAUGGGAACGGCUAGCCAUGGGUUACUAUCGGGGCUUCUUGCCUGUCCUCCUGAGAAACAGUCUGGGAAGUGCCCUGUACUUCUCUUUCAAAGAUCCCAUCCGAGAUGGCCUGGCUGAACAAGGUCUGCCCUGCUGGGUCCCAGCUCUAGUGGCUGGCAGUGUCAACGGGACCCUCACAUGUCUACUGCUUUACCCACUCAGUGUCCUAGUUGCCAACAUGCAGUCACAGGUAGGUUGGCAGGAAGCGCCAGGCCUGCGGGCUUCUGCUCAGGCUGUUUGGGAGGAUCGGGGACGAAAACUGCUUCUGAUCUACCGAGGUGGUUCCUUGGUCAUCCUACGUUCCUGUGUCACCUGGGGACUUACCACGGCUAUCCAUGAUUUCUUGCAGGAAAGCAACUGCCCCAGGGUGGAGGAGAGUGACUGAGUAGCCUCAGAGGCAGCCCAGAGGGUGUUAGGACUGUGUUCUUACAGCCUGGGUCUACAGUAGGCCAAUGACUCCCCACUGGGUCUGUUUGCUUCUUCUGAUCCUAGAGACCCAAGAGCAGUUAUUCAGUUAGGAGAUGAGAGCAGUUCCCAGCAAUUAGGUUACCAGUUUAUUUUAUCAUAUGGUGGCAUUAAUUUCAAUAUGUCGCUCCAGUCAUCACUGUGGGUGCUCUCCCCUGGACCAAUACAGAAUGAAGAUUCCCAACAACUUGAUAGAUGGUCUUUCCGAUUUCCUCUAGCCGAAACAAUCAAUCAAACUGCUGCCAACCCGGCAAUGGGCCUCUCCAAACAGAGCUGGACUGGUGCUUGAACAACAGAUUUCAAGUUUAUCACCCAGGCCUCUACUCGAAGCCUUUCCAGCUUGGUGGACCCAUUGCCACAGAGAGAGACGAGAGGAGGACUCCAGGGAAGAACACCCACGUUAUCUUCCUGCUAUCAACAAAGCUACACAGCAUCCCUUAGGUCAUAGAAGCAUCUCAGCGCUUUCCAUCCACAGCUUCCUGACCCCGUCCUUGGCUUCAGCUUUCAGGGGCUGCCAGACAGAAGGCUGUGUGUGCCCUGAGGUCGAAAAGAUUUUCAAGAAAGCCAUCGGGAAGAAUAAAAGAAUGUGAGGGGCUAGGGGAGCAAGACCCACAGUUUCAAAAUACCACCCUUAACAAUAUAAGGAUCCUAUGGUAACUCUCUCGGAAAUGAACAGAUCAAGUCAAUUCAACAGGCAUGUUUUGGGCACCAGGCAUUGGGCUAGAUGCUAAGAAUACAAAGGAAAGAAAAAGUCUCUUGACCUGAAGAAGCUUACAUGG